AUGAAGGCGAGGACUCAUAGACAAAGAAACCAUGCACUUCGGCUGGGACUGCUGCUAAACUGUGAAAUACCACCCAGUUGUCGCUUCGAUCGUAAGCAUUACUUUUACGCUGACAUGCCAGCUGGGUACCAAAUAACUCAAAGCGAACGACCGAUUGCUAGAAAUGGGAAGUUCCGCUUUUCUGUUUACAGUGAAGAUGUGCAAUCGUACACAAAAGAGGUUAUUUAUUUUCAUUUCAAGAUUGUGCCCGAUGUCUUAGGAUAA